UGAAAUUCUGAGUUAACAUGUAUGUGGGCUCUUUUUAUCUUGCACUCAAUUAAUGCAGUGUAGAUUAGAACCAGUAUUUGGGGAUAUUAAUGUUAGUUUUUCAAUACCAAGGCUCAGGGUAGCAUCUGAAUUAACUUGGGAAUUCGAAUUUCUUUAUUGUGAAAGUUCAGUGAGUGACUGGUAAGUAAAGCAGCUUCGCACUUUCUUCCUUCAUCAAAGUUGCUGUUGCACACUGUCUGUUUCGUUGCAUUUGCAGAUCUACUCCACAAUAUCCCCGGAAAUUAGUUGGUUAUGGCAAAUGCUUGGAAGAGAGACUCCAAACAAUCAAAACUCCGCGGUCCCAUGAUCCUCCUCUUAUUCAUCUCCCUCUCUCUCCUCUUCAUCUUCUAUUUCUUUGCCUCCUCAAACAACCCUAAUUCUAAUCCUACUCUUAAUCCUUAUCUUUCUGUCAAAACCCAAUUUCAAUCCUCUUCAAUAUCUCCUUUUAACUGCAAAAGAUGCCCCCAAUCCUACCCGGUCAUUGCUAACAUUGUCGAGAAUCUUAAAUACCCUUUUAUCUACUCUCUUCCCGAUUUCGGAAAGUUGCCCGAAAAGCCUCAUAAAAACAUUGUGAGGUUUUUGAAGGGGAAGCCCUUUAGGAAACCCGAUAUUUCCGAGACAAUUCAGGGGAUUUUAGAGGGGAUGAAAGAUAAGAAAAAUAAAGAUGGAUUGGUUGUGGAUGUGGGUGCUAAUGUGGGGAUGGCAUCUUUUGCAGCUGCUGUUAUGGGAUUUAAAGUGUUGAGUUUCGAACCUGUUUUUGAAAAUUUGCAACGGUUUUGUGAUGGGAUUUGGUUUAAUAGAGUUGAGGAUUUGGUUACCGUUUUUGAAGCUGCUGUAUCUGAUCGGAUCGGAAAUAUUACUUUUCACAAGUUGGUUGGUCGUCUUGACAACAGUGCUGUUUCCGCCACGGGUGCAAAGUUGGCAUUCAAGUCCAAUGAAGAAAUUGCAGUUCAGGUAAGGUCCAUCCCUCUGGAUGAAGUAAUCCCAGAGUCAGAGCAUGUGCUGCUUGUGAAAAUUGAUGUUCAGGGCUGGGAAUAUCAUGUGUUAAAAGGAGCCACAAAGUUACUAUCAAGAAAGAAAGGUGAAGCCCCCUACCUAAUUUACGAGGAAGAUGAGCGUUUGUUGCAAGCCAGCAACAGUAGUGCCAAAGAGAUUAGAGAUUUCCUUCAGAGUAUAGGCUAUCACCAUUGCUCACAGCAUGGUACAGAUGCCCACUGCAUCAAAGAUUAAUGAAAGUGGUAUAAUGUUGCAUUUGGAAAAGCAAAUUUAACCACAGCACUGUUGAUUUGCAUGCCUUCACUCUUCUGUUGAAUGAAAAUUGGAUUCUUGCUGACCGCAUGUUAUUCUUUAUUGUUUUAAGGGAAAUAUGUGGUCUUGAUGACACCAUUAUCCCUCUGGUUGGUGACUGACAUUUUUAUAUGGACUCGGCUUCAAACAACAGUUCCUCAACUUCUUAGAGCAACCACCUGCUGUAGGAGACUAGAGUUCAUAAUUCAAGUGCAGGGGAACUUUGGACUUGCAUCCUGGUUAAAAUUUUGUUCCAGUUGUAUGCUUGUAUUCUUUGAUCGUUUAAUUCGAUGUGUAUUUCUGAGCAUUUAUAUGUUCGAUUAUAUGUUCUGUUUGAUGGCUAUACAUUACACUCUUAUAUUGAACUUUUUUAGUGAACAAAAAUGAAGUUAUAGAUCAACGAUUACAUUGUUAUUUCUCAUGUA